AUGAUGGAUGACCUGGAUAAGGCGAUUCUAAUAAGCUUUGAUGAAUCUGGCGGGGUUAAUCCGGCGCUUAAACAGCAAGCUGUGGCUUAUAUCCAGCAAAUUAAAGAAAACCCAUCACUCUGUAGCAUAUGUUUAGAAAAGCUGUGUUUUACAAAGCUGGUUCAGGUCCAGUUCUGGUGUUUACAGUGCCUCCACGAGGUGCUUCGGAUUAAGUACUCCUCCAUGGCAGAGGAGGAGAAGUCUUUUAUUAGGAAUUCUGUUUUCUCCAUGGCAUGUGGCCAACCUGUCCCUGUCGAUAAUACCGAAUCAGUGAGGACAGUGGAUGGCCCAGCAUUCAUAAAGAACAAGCUUGCUCAGGUUGUGGUGACAUUAAUUUAUUUUGAGUACCCAUUAAUCUGGCCAUCAUUUUUUGUCGAUUUCUUGCCGAAUCUGAGCAAAGGGGCUGUGGUCAUUGAUAUGUUCUGCCGGGUUUUAAAUGCACUUGAUGAUGAAUUGAUUAGCAUGGACUAUCCACGAAGUGGGGAUGAUGUGGCAGUCUCUGGGAGGAUUAAAGAUGCAAUGAGGGCACAGUGUGUGCCUCAGAUCGUGGGGGUCUGGUAUGACAUUGUCUUAACUUAUAGAAAUUCGGAUCCGGAGUUGUGUUCUGGUGUGUUGGAUUCUAUGAGGAGGUUUGUUUCAUGGAUCGACAUUGGGUUGGUAGCUAAUGAUGCCUUUAUUGGCUUGUUGUUUGAGCUUAUGUUGGGCGAGGGUUUAUCAGAGCAACUUCGAGCCUCUGCAGCCGGAGUUGUUAACGCAGUGGUUUCUAAGAGAAUGGAUUGUAAAUCAAAACUUGCUUUAUUGCAGAGCCUUCAGGUCAGGAGGGUCUUUAGGCUGGUUGCAGGGGAUAGUGACUCCGAGUUGGUCACGAGUAUAGCUUCUUUGCUAACAGGGUAUGCAACUGAAAUCCUGGAAUGUUCCAAACGUCUGAGCUUGGAAGACGGUAAAGGAUUUUCAGUAGAACUUCUCAAUGAAGUCUUGCCCUCCGUUUUCCACAUCAUGCAGCAUUGUGAGGUGGAUGCGGCGUUCAGCAUCGUGCAGUUUCUUUCGGUUUAUGUGGGCACGAUGAAGAGCCUAUCUGCGUUGACUGAGAUGCAGGUGGGUCACAUGAGCCAGAUACUGGAAGUGAUCCGUUCCCAGAUCAGGUUUGACCCUAUGUACCGUAAUAAUCUGGACGUUCUGGAUAAAAUCGGGCGGGAAGAGGAGGAUAGGAUGGUGGAGUUUCGGAAGGAUCUAUUCGUGUUGCUUCGGAAUGUGGGUCGUGUGGCCCCUGACCUGACCCAGGUGUUCAUCAGAAACUCGCUGGUCAGUGCUGUUUCGUCCUCGGAGGAUAGUAAUGCUGAGGAAGUUGAAGCUUGUCUCUCUUUACUUUAUGCGCUAGGGGAGUCGUGGAGCGAUGAUGCCACGAGGACUGGCAGUGGCCUGCUCGGGGAAUUGGUACCGAUGCUUUUGUCGACAAAAUUUCCUUCACACCACAACAGACUUGUUGCUCUUGUGUAUUUGGAUACUAUAACAAGAUAUGUUAAGUUUGUGGCUGAGAACACGCAGUAUAUUCCAAUGACUUUACGCGCCUUCCUUGAUGAGAGAGGUAUACACCAUCCGAAUUUGAAUGUAAGCCGGCGGGCGAGUUAUCUUUUCAUGAGGGCCGUGAAGUUGCUUAAAUCGAAGCUCGUUCCUUACAUCGAGACAAUCUUGCAGAGUUUACAGGAUACAAUUGCCGAAUUUCCAAGUAUGGGCAGUGCCGUGAAGAACUUUUCUGGAUCUGAGGAUGGAACACAUAUUUUUGAGGCGAUUGGCUUGUUAAUUGGGAUGGAAGAUGUGCCCCUUCAGAAGCAAUCCGAAUAUCUUUCUGCUCUGCUCACUCCUCUUUGUCAGCAGGUUGAGGUGGUCCUCUUUAAUGCCAAAUCUUGUAGUCCCGAAGAGUCCCUUGCGCAAGUUGAGAAUAUUCAGCAAAUAAUUAUGGCCAUCAAUGCUCUUAGCAAGGGUUUCAACGAGCGCCUUACAACUGCUACUCGCCCUGGAAUCGGUCUCAUGUUCAAAAAGACUUUGGAUAUUCUCUUGCAAAUACUUGUUGUCUUUCCAAAGAUAGAACCCUUGCGGUGUAAGAUCACAUCUUUCAUUCACCGUAUGGUGGACACUUUAGGGGCAUCUGUUUUUCCAUAUCUUCCUAAUGCACUGGGCCAGCUUCUGACGGAAAGUGAGCCAAAGGAACUGGUGGGUUUUCUUGUACUGCUUAACCAGCUCAUUUGCAAAUUUAAAACUGAGGUCCGUGGUAUAUUGGACGAAGUGUACCCUGUAAUUGCAAGUAGGGUCUUCAAUAUCCUCCCAAGGAAUGAUAUUCAGUCUGGACUAGGCAGCUGUGCUGAGGAAACCCGCGAAUUGCAGGAGCUACAGAAAAUAUUCUUUACAUUUCUACAUGUUACUGCUAUGCAUGGACUUUCGUCAGUUUUCCUGUUGCAUAACAGCAGCGGAUACCUAGAUCCAAUGAUGCAGUUGCUAUUAUACACAUGUUGUAAUCAUAAGGACAUCGUUCUUAGAAAGGCUUGUGUUCAGAUUUUCAUCAGGCUUAUCAAAGAUUGGUGUACCACUGGUUCUUAUGGCAAAGAAAAGGUGCCUGGGUUCCAGAGUUUCAUCAUUGAAGCAUUUGCAGUGAACUGUUGUCUGUACAGUGUGCUAGACAAAUCCUUUGAAUUUCGUGAUGCAAAUACUGUGGCCUUGUUUGGUGAAAUUGUAAUCGCUCAACAGGUUAUGUAUGAGAAAUUUGGCAACGACUUUAUUAAUAAUUUUGUAUCGAAAGGAUUUUUAAACGUUAACUGCCCUCAAGACUUGGCAGAGCAGUAUUGCCACAAGCUGCAGGAAAAUGACUCCAAGGCACUGAAAUCCUUCUACCAGUCCCUCAUUGAAAAAUUGAGACCACAACAAAAUGGCAGCUUGGUUUUCAGAUAG